AUGGGCAACUACAUCUCGUGCACUCUAUCUACAAUUCCAGGCAACAAACACUCCAGAUGGGCUAAGGUAAUUCUACCCAGCGGCGAAAUCCGGCAAUUCGACGGACCUAUCAACGCUGCCGAGCUCAUGUUCGACAACCCAAACCACUUCCUCGUUACUUCGAGAUCGCUGCAGAUUGGCCGUAGAUUCUCUGCGCUCAACGCUGAUGAGGAAUUAGAGAUGGGUAACGUCUACGUUUUGUUCCCCAUGAAGAGACUGAAUUCCUUUAUCACUGCGGUCGACGUGGGAGGGCUAUUGAUGACCGCCAGACGAGCUUCCGGUGGGAAAUCCAGGAUCUUGUCUGAGUCCGGUGGAAAGAGGAUCACGCCGGUUGUUAAUAAUUUGCAGGGAAGUGAAGAAGCGUUUCCAAGAUUGAAAUUGGAUGAUGUUGAAGACUUCUCUGUCUCGGAAUUCAAGCAAAGAUUGUCAGUGUCUAGAUCGAAAAAGCCUUUAUUAGAGACCAUAACAGAGGAGCCCUUGCGUGCUCCUGCUAGGUGUAGGUGA